UUAGUCGUGCUGCUCUGUCCUCUUUUUCCUCUCUUUAUCCUGUAACAAUCGCUGCAUUUCCCUCUCUGUUUUUCACUCUGCGUCUCUUUCCUUUGUUUUUCUGCCUCACUCUUUCUCUCUCACAUUCUUUUUCCGUGAAGAACACUUUCUGUUUUUUCAACACUAAGUAUUUGUCUCUCCCUCUCUGUGACCACUCACUAACUGAAUGUCCAUUGGAUCAACACUUAAAGUUGGAUUUGGCUGUCAACUUUUUCUGGACUAGCAGUUUUGUCACCAUCACAGGGACUCCACUGAGUGAAGAUCGCUUGACUCUUUCCUGACAACUGCGUAACCAUGGAUUGCCGGCUUGGGCCAGAAAUUGGGCAAAAAACAAACAGUGUUGUGUCAUCAGAGAGGGGCCGCUCGGGAGUAAUUUAGAAGUGGACUGAAUAGGAAGAGGUGGGAAGUUUGUGGAAGAAGCUAACUUUACAUCGCUCAUGCUACUGUGGAUAACAUGGAUUACAGAAUGGAUUUAGACGGACGAAGAAAUCUAUUUGUGUGACACUUUCCCUGUUCGAUGUAGCAUCUUCACACUGGACAAAGUGCUAACUGAGCAGAAAAUCAGCCUGUUUGAGGAUUACUGCUCUGGAACUAACUGUUGGCUAACGAGGCUGUUGACAAAAAGUUGAAGACAAAGAUUUCUGCCUUGGAGACCGACCUUGUGUCUGUGUGUUUGGGUUAUGUGAGCGCGUUCUUGCAGUUGUGUCAGGAUCUUGUGUGUGUGUGUUUAUUUAUGUAGCCCUUCUAUACACGAGAAGUUCAGCGUGUGUGUGUGUGAUGCGUGGCUGUGAGACUGCAAGCUGUCUAUCUGUCCUUAGUGCAGACAGAGACAGGGAGGGACAGACAUGUGUUUCCAUGGCGAUGAGCGGCUGUAGCCCCUUCCCCAUGUGUUGGGAAAGAGAAUAUGACAGACACCUAGCAGGAGCGGCAGUGUCGGCAGGGAAAACCAUGGCGACGGCCUACCUGGAUCCCAACCUGAACCCCAACCUCAACCAUGCCCUUCUGGGAGGCGCCAAGUCGCGGCUGAGCGGGGGGGUGUCGGACCGAACCAUGGCAGGCUCCGUGGAGAGGGUUCUGAAAGUCUUCCAUCACUUUGAGACCAACACUGAAAACAGCUGCUGGUCCUCCAAUAUCCGAUAUGGAGAUGCAACUGAUGUCAGGGGAAUCAUUCAGAAGAUUCUGGACAUCCACAAAGUGCGCUGGACGUCCUGUUUCGGCCUCCGCCUCAGCAACAGCCAAUCCAGGGAUCAGGUGCACUGGCUCCACCCUGAUAUGGGCGUGUCCCACGUCAGGGAAAAUUAUGAAUUACAACAAGCACGACCAAACGAGGAGUGGAGAUAUGAGUUAAGGAUCCGGUAUCUUCCGAAAGGCUUUGUGCAGCAGUUUACAGAAGACAAACCAACACUCAACUACUUCUACCACCAGGUGAAGCAUGACUACAUGACACAGAUUGGGGAACAGGUGGAACAAGAUGUAGCUUUCAAACUGGGCUGUCUAGAAAUCAGGAGGUUCUUCAAAGAGAUGAGAGGAAACGCCCUGGACAAGAAGUCCAACUAUGAACUAUUGGAGAAAGAUGUUGGCUUGAGGCGAUUUUUCCCAAAAGACCUGCUGGAUUCAGUCAAGGCUAAAACCCUGCGUAAAUUGAUUCAGCAGACGUUCAAGCAGGUAGCCAAUCUCAACGAUGAGCAGUGCAUCCUCAAGUUUCUGGAGAUACUUGCUCCAAUCUAUCGCUACGACAAGGAGUGCUUCAAAUGUGCGCUUGGGUCCAGCUGGGUGAUCCAGGUGGAGCUGGCUAUCGGGCCAGAGGAAGGAAUCAGCUACCUCACUGACAAGGGAUCCACGCCCACCCACCUAGCUAACUUCAAUCAAGUUCAGUCCAUCCAGUACUCGGCUAUGGAGGAGAAGGACAGGAAAGGGAUGCUACAGCUCAACGUAGCCGGAGCUGCUGAGCCUCUCACGAUUACGACAGCAUCACUGACCAUGGCAGAGAACUUGGCUGACCUGAUUGACGGUUACUGUCGACUCAUCACCAUGGAAACUCACUCUUUCAUCGUUCGAUAUCAGAAAGAGGGAGAGAGAGCACUGCCUUCCAUCCCAAAAGUAUCAAAUAAUGAGAAAAAGUUGGAAGCAGUCAGGAGCGGAGUAAGAGCUAUCUCUGUGUCAGAAGAUCUUAGCGGGGAUGAGACUGAUGACUAUGCUGAGAUAGUUGAUGAAGAAGACACAUACACCAUGCCCUCCACGCGGGAUUAUGAGAUCCAGAGGGACAGGAUAGAGUUGGGUCGCUGCAUAGGAGAGGGUCAGUUUGGAGAUGUACACCAAGGAGUCUAUAACAGCCCGGAUCAUCCAGAUCUAGCUGUCGCCAUAAAGACCUGUAAGAACUGCACAUCAGACAGCGUCAGAGAAAAGUUCCUACAAGAAGCAUUGACAAUGCGUCAGUUUGACCACCCUAACAUCGUCAAGCUGAUCGGAGUGAUCACAGAAAACCCUGUGUGGAUCAUCAUGGAGCUCUGCACUCUCGGAGAGUUACGUUCGUUUCUACAGGUUAGAAAGUACAAUUUGGAUUUGGCCACUCUCAUUCUGUUCGCCUUCCAGCUCAGCACAGCGCUCGCAUAUCUGGAGAGCAAACGCUUUGUCCACAGGGACAUCGCCGCUCGCAACGUGUUGGUCUCUUCAGUGGACUGUGUGAUGCUCGGAGACUUCGGCCUUUCGCGAUACAUGGAGGACAGCUCUUACUACAAAGCUUCUAAAGGUAAACUUCCAAUCAAAUGGAUGGCUCCUGAAUCGAUCAACUUCAGAAGAUUCACCUCUGCAAGCGACGUCUGGAUGUUUGGUGUGUGUAUGUGGGAAAUUUUGAUGUACGGCAUCAAGCCUUUCCAGGGCGUGAAGAACAAUGACGUGAUUGGCAGGAUAGAGAAUGGCGAGCGGUUGGCCAUGCCUCCUCAGUGCCCGCCCACCUUCUACAGUUUGAUGACCAAAUGUUGGUCGUAUGAUCCCAGCAAGCGACCGCGAUUCACCGAACUCAAAACACAACUCAACACCAUACUGGAGGAGGAGAAGAUGCAGCAAGAGGAGAGACUUCGGAUGGAGAUGAGGAGACAGAUCACCGUGUCCUGGGACUCUGGCGGGUCGGAUGAAGCACCGCCUAAGCCCAGCAGACCUGGAUACCCCAGUCCUCGCUCCAGUGAGGGUUUCUUCUCCGGCCCCCAACUUAACCACUUCUCGCCAUCCGCCCAUGGGGGUGUCGGAGGCAGCUACCCUCCCUCUGACUCCUGGAGUCAACACAGACCUGAGCACACUGCACUGUGGAGCCCCAACAUGGAGGAGGGUGGAUGUGUGGGCCAUGCUAUGAUGGAGGAGAGGCUGAUGAUGCAGCAGCAGCAGAUGGAGGACGACCAGCGGUGGCUGGAGCAGGAGGAGAGCUUCAUGGUUAUGAAGGCAGAAUCCAGAAACAGCAGAGGAAGCAUCGAAAGAGAGGACGGCAUUCUGCAACCGGGUGGAAGCCAACAUAUCUACCAGCCUAUAGGGAAACCAGAACAUGUGGCUCCUCCUAAGAAGCCCCCCCGCCCUGGAGCUCCUGCUCACCUGACCAACCUGUCCAGUCUGUGCCCCGUGGACAGCUACAACGAGGGGGUCAAGCCGUGGAGGUUGCAGCCUCAGGAGAUCAGCCCGCCCCCCACCGCCAACUUGGACCGUUCUAACGACAAAGUGUAUGAGAACGUGACGGGGUUGGUUAAAGCUGUGAUUGAGAUGUCCAACAGGAUCCAGCCUGCCGCCCCCGAGGAGUACGUCCCAAUGGUCAAGGAGGUGGGUCUGGCCCUCAGGACUCUGCUAGCAACAGUGGACGAGACGCUUCCUGUGCUGCCAGCCAGCACACACAGAGAGAUUGAGAGUGUGUGGAGACGUACUUGCUGA